ACGGAAAGCGAUACUUUAGUCCUGGGUAUGGAUGGCUGUCCCGCUUUCAUUUUGCACGUGUAUUGUCAAUCUCUUGUACGACGGUACCAUUUAACUUACGCACUUGGAACGACGAUUCUGUAUGAAGAUUGGCUUGUAGUAAUGAAACGACAAAGGGCGUAACAAUUUGAGUGAGACAAUGGGGGACGAAUCAAGUUCUACGACUUGGUACCCGGCGCGAAACAACAACACGAAAGUCUCAACCUACUUAGCAGACAGCUUGGAUAAUCGCAUCACGAAAUGGCCCAGUUAUCAGAUGUUUUAGAAUCAUGCUACGAUCUUGACGAAAAGUUGUCUUCUAGUACAGAUGAAUAUCAUGAGAAGAUAUUGAAACAUUUGGAAAAAAUAGAGAGCAGCAAACCAUAUGUAUUACACGAAAUCCCAGAAGAUGCAGAAUGGCUGAACACGUCCGGAGCUCUCAGUCUUCAUGGCAACCUUAAGGGCAAACUGGUAGUCCUGGAUUUCUUCACAUACUGCUGCAUAAACUGCAUGCACAUUCUGCCAGAUCUAGAGGCACUAGAGGAGAAAUUCUCCGUUGAAGAUGGCGUCGCAGUUGUCGGAGUGCAUUCAGCCAAAUUCAAAAACGAGAAAGUCUCUUCGAACAUUCUCAGCGCUAUACUGCGCUACAACAUCCACCAUCCUGUGGUCAAUGACAGCCAGGCUGUGCUGUGGAAGGCCCUACAGAUUGCUUGUUGGCCAACACUGGUCAUUGUCGGACCUGAUGGUCGGUUCCUGUACCAGAUAAUUGGAGAGGGACAUAGGGCAAGGCUGCUGGACUUUGUGGGCGUCGCCCAUCAGUUCUACAGAGGACGGGGUCAUCUAAGCAAUCACAGUCUUCCUCUGUCUUUGGCCACACACCCCGCAACACCAUUGUCAUUCCCAGGCAAAGUGUGUGUAAGCAGAGAUGGUGAGAUGGUAGCAAUAUCGGACACAGGUCAUCACAGGGUCAUCGUUACGGACAGUGCGGGCAUUGUCAAGUUCAUUAUUGGAGGCAAGGGGCCUGGCUUCAAGGAUGGAAGGUUUUCUGAUGCUGAAUUCUCCUCCCCACAAGGUCUUGCAAUACAUGGGUACAUCCUGUAUGUUGCAGACACCAACAACCACGCCAUCAGGAAGUUGGAUUUGAGUCAGCAGGAAGUGAGCACAUUGGCUGGUACUGGUUCCCAGGGCCAGGACAAAGUGGGAGGAAAGCUUGGAACCGAGCAGGAGAUUUCCUCCCCUUGGGACCUUUGUAUAGCAGAUGGUCUAGCUGGAGAAGAGAGUGCUGUGUUGAUGAUUGCCAUGGCAGGAACCCAUCAGAUCUGGGCAUACUUCUUAGCAGAGGCCGCCUGGGUGAAAAACAGUCAUAUGGCUGCUGGAACAUGUGUAAGGUUUUCUGGAAGUGGAGCAGAGGAGAACCGCAACAAUUCGUAUCGAGAAAAGGCUGGCUUCGCCCAGCCAUCUGGCUUGACGCUGUCACAAAAACAUCAAUGCUUGUUUGUAGCAGACAGUGAGAGUUCAACUAUUCGUCGGGUUCAACUUAAAGACGGUGCAGUGAAGAACGUUGUUGGAGGGGAAUUAGAUGCUAUGAAUCUUUUUGCGUUUGGUGAUGUUGAUGGUACUGGACUGGAGGUGAAACUACAACACCCACUGGGAGUUACCAUGGCUACUGAUGGAGAUGAUCUGUAUGUGGCAGACUCGUAUAACCACAAGAUCAAACUGGUAGAUCCAGUCAAGCGUACCUGCACAACCAUCAUGGGAUCAGGUCACCCUGGCAACACCAAGGGAGUCAAUCUACCAGAGUAUCAGCUGAACGAACCAGGGGGUCUGUGCUACGACUCGCUCAAUAAUCGUCUUUACAUGGCAGACACAAAUAAUUGUGACAUCAAGGUUCUGGAUUUGGAGAAGAAGAAAGUCUAUAGUCUUCCGAUCCUCUUCUCAGAGCCUCCAUGUGAACCAGUCCAGCCUGCAGUUGGCAUAGCAACCACAGAGGUCACAACGGUCAUCCUCAUGGUAACAACUGCAGAGGGCGUACACCUGAACAGGGAGGCCCCUAAUUCCUGGUCUCUUUAUUCCAAAGAUGAUCAAAUGAAUCAGAACCUUGAGUCAUCAAAUGUGAAAUUGAAAGGGGAGCUAACAACAGACAUGAAACAGAUAUUGGCGGAGUUGCCUACCUCUAUUGAAGGGGAACUGUGUUUAAAGUUAGAUCUAUUUACCUGUGAAGACUCAGGGUUGUGCAAAAUGGGCAAGCAGGUGUUAAAACAGAAAAUAUGUCAAAGGGAAGUUACAUUUGAACUUUUAGUCUCAUAAUUCAGAAAACCAGGCUGAGUAACUUCCACGCAUUGGAGGUCUUGGUCUUUAUUAAAUGCCUACUCUUGUAACACUGGUACCCUUACAGAAUUUGUGAAAUAAUGUGUUAGUUUUUUAAUUAAAUAACACUAUUAAACUUUAAAAGAAAAUGAAUCAAAUUCAAUGAAAAUUAGGUGUUGGUUAUAUAAUAUAAUUGAGUUUGAGACUGGAAUAUUUAUAUAAUAUAGAUCAGAUAGUUGUACUCUCUACUCUCAAAUUUUGCUUUUUUGAGCAAUAUGUGUGUUUACUUUUUUAAUAUGAUACUUUACUCGCUUUUAUAUUUGUAUUUUGAGCUCUUUGUUUUAUGAACAAGUAUAAAAAAACAACAACAGGCUAAUAAAAGUUAAAAACA